AAAAUUCUUCUGUUGUACUCCAACUUCAACUUCCGCUUGCAGCCUUCUCCCGUUCCCUUCCACGUGUCAGAUGCCUAUUGGUCAAACGGGCAUUCAAAUUCAAGAAACUCUGCGUUGCAUCUAAUACAUCAGCUUACCAAUCCACCCCAGAAGACUUCCAAUUUGAUUAAUUGGAUAAAGAUUUAUCCAAUUGGUUGUCUAAUUCAUUGUUCAACGCAAAUAUGGAAAAAUCCAAAACAUCUGGCGAGAAUAGUAUUAGUAGUACUAGUACAUGUCAGAAUUCAAGAGUUUCUGUUGAUCAAGAAACCAGAAUCACAAUAAGGGAAGAUGAAAGUUCUGAAAGUGGAGGGGAAAAAAGUGGAGAUUGUGGUGAAAAGUCAGAAGGGUUGACUGUAAAUAAGGGGUUGAAUAAUGAUUUGGGAUUGGAAGAGGAUAAAUAUUCAUGUGGGAUUGAGGCCAAGCGUGGGAAUAUCGAUGGGGAAAAUCAGAGAUUAUGCAGAAUAUGCCAUUUGAGUAAACCAGAAGAUGAGAAGAAUUCGAUGGAUUUGAUUGAACUUGGCUGUGGAUGCAGAGGUGAACUUGGUUUUGCUCAUUCACACUGUGCUGAAGCAUGGUUUAAGCUCAGAGGAAAUAGAUUAUGUGAAAUUUGUGGCGAGACUGCCAAAAAUGUUACAGGUGUCAGUGAUAAUAGAUUCCUGGAAGAGUGGAAUGAGCAGGGAAUAACUAAUGGUGCUGCUGUCUCAUCCGGAAGAAGAAGAGGAUGUUUGCAUAGCCAACCAUUGUGUAACUUCUUGAUGGCAUGCUUAGUAAUAGCAUUUGUGCUCCCAUGGUUUUUCCGUGUAAAUAUGUUUUGAUGAGUAAAUAUAACAUACAUAUUCUUUCCUGUACGUGAAAAAUCAUUUCUUCUGCCUCUUGAGUCCUGACAGUGCAAGUCAUUCGAAAGAUUGCAAUUGUUUUGUAUUGGCUACGUACAUUUGCCAAACACUUAGGCCCCACAGAUAUUCAAGUUUUGAAGUCUUGUUAUACAUCUUCCGGGAUUUUGGCA